AUGGCGGCCGCUCAGGAUCGUGUGCAGAACUACAUGGGCCAGCUCGACAGGGAGCUCUCUAAGUACCCGGCCCUGAACAACCUCGAGAAGAGCACUUCCGUCCCGAAGGCCUAUGCCGUCAUCGGCCUCGUGGCUCUCUACUUCUUCUUUAUCGUCUUCAACCUCGGAGGCCAGCUCCUCACCAACUUUGCCGGCUUUGUCAUCCCAGGAUACUACUCCCUUGAUGCCCUCUUCACGGCGAACAAGGCCGAUGACACCCAGUGGCUGACGUACUGGGUUGUUUUCGCCUUCUUCACCGUUCUCGAGAGCCUGUUGAACGUCGUCUACUGGUUCCCAUUCUACUACACCUUCAAGUUCGUUUUCCUCCUCUGGCUCGCUCUCCCCGCCUUCCAGGGUGCCAACAUCAUCUUCCACUCCUUCCUGUCGCCCAUGCUUGCCAAGCACUUUCACAGCUCCAGCUCCACUGCCUCUGGCCUGCGCGCGAAGGCUGAUGCGGCCAAGGCCGAGUAA